AUGGUAACCGGCGAUCUCGACACGACUCGUGUCUUCCAAGGCACUCCGUAUGUCAACGGCGAGGCUUCAGGGAAGCUUAUUGCAAGCGAGUUGGAACUGAGCUUCUGGGGCGGCGUUAACUCUCGGACCAGCGAGGUUAUCGAUCAACACCACCCAUUGAGCGGACAGCAUCUUCAAGAAGCCAUCCUCGCUAUCCCCGGUGGACGUGGCUCAUGUACUGGUAGCACAGUCAUCCUAGAGCUUCUACUUAAUGGCAGGGCACCUGCAGCGCUGAUCUUCGAGCGGAGGGAGGAGAUUCUCACCCUGGGAGUGAUUGUUGCGGAAGAGAUCUUUGGCAAGGCCAUUCCAGUCCUAACGCUUGAUCCGAUUGACUUCCGAGACCUUAUCAAGUUCAACGGGCGUGACUUCCAUGUCAUCAACGGCCAGGUCUCCACAAGCAAACCUCAGAAUACAACGGCCAAGGUCCCACUAGUGGUUGGUGCAACUGAGCCCAGAAUUUCGACCAAGGGCAUCAAGCUCACGGAUCUCGACACCGCGUUUCUCAAUAACGUGUACGGAGAUGCCGCCCGUGCAGCAAUGCGGAUCACCUUGAGACUAGCAGAAGUUCUGGGUGUCACCGAAUUGAUGGAUGUCACCCAAGUUCAUAUCGAUGGCUGCGGCUACACCGGUCCAGGUUCUCUCGCCUUUGCAGAGAAUCUCCGGGAUCGUGGUGGAAAGGUUCGAGUCCCGACAUCGAUGAACUCCAUUUCGGUUGACAAAAAUCUUCGACGCGUUCAAGGUAUCAGUGAAGACUUCAACAAUGCGGCUGUAAGGCUAGCUGACGCAUACACCGAUAUGGGGGCUCAACCAACAUUUACAUGUGCACCUUAUCAACUUGACAGUGCGCCAAAGUACGGAGAUCAAGUAGCCUGGGCUGAGUCGAAUGCAGUUGUCUACGCUAAUAGUGUGCUCGGUGCAAGAACCAUGAAAUAUCCUGACUUCCUGGAUAUCGCAAUUGCUUUAACUGGUCGUGCUCCUAAGGGCGGCCCGCACGUUCAAAUCAACAGAUUAGCUUCGGUGAUUGUGGAGAUUCCUAAAAUUUCACCAGGGGAGAUUGAUGAUUCAUUUUACCCUCUGCUGGGAUAUCAAGUCGGAACAUUGUCCACGAGCGAAAUCCCCGUCGUGAUCGGAGCCGAGUCAUUCGCCCCAACUCAAGACGACUUGAAAGCCUUCGGGGCAGCAUUUGCGACUGUUUCUAGUGCUCCAAUGUUUCAUAUUGUCGGUGUGACCCCCGAGGCACCCAGCCUCGAGGCUGCUAUAGUACAGGGGUCAGCUAUGCGUUCUAUACAUAUAAAACAUGGUGAUUUGAUCAGAUGUUGGGGCUCUCUAAACAGCGCGCCAAGAGGUCAAUCAGUUGACUUGAUAUCUCUGGGUAAUCCGCACUUCUCACUGUCUGAAAUCGAGGCCCUUGCGGAGCUCUGUAGGGGCCGCACCAAAGACAGUCGAGUCACCGUCAUGAUAACAUGCGGGCGAGCGACAUAUGCCUCGGCUUGUCGAGCUGGUCUGGUAGAUGAAUUGGAGACAUUUGGAGUUCAAUUUAUCACGGACACCUGUUGGUGUAUGAUCACUGAACCGACCAUUCCCCAAUCUACGAAUGCUAUCAUGACAAAUUCAGGGAAAUAUGCACACUACGGCCCUGGCCUCACUGGGAAGAGUUUUUAUUUUGGAGGUCUUGCCAGAUGUGUGGAGGCAGCGUGUGGAGGUAACUACGCAGAAAUUAGACCACGUUGGAUGGAAUCUGGACCUUGCCAGGUUGACUAG